AGUUUCUAUAGAAUUUCUUUAGUGUUUUUUAUUUUUGUUUUUGUUUUUAUGGUUGUUUUUUUUUUUUGUUAAAUAACGUAAUGGAUGCUAAUUCGUUGACUGCUGUGCCAUAUAAAAGCGACGCACUAUCCAAACUUCUAGCCAAGUUAAGAGUGAAGACCAGACAAGACGCGACAUGUUUAAGCUAACGAUCUGCCUGCUUCUGGUGGCUGUGGCCACUGGAGCCAAUGGAGCCAGCGUUAACCUCGUUGCCGGCAAUAGCGGCAAGCUAUCCAGCGAAGUAACCACCGAGAAGCGUGAAAUUAUUCCACUGCUCAGUUUUGAGGUGGAUAAGCAAACCGACGGAUCCUUCCGUUUCUCCUACGAAGGCGGUGAUCAGAGCUCUCGCACAGAGACUGGCACACUCACCAAUGCCGGCACCGAUGACGAGGCUCUUGAGGUGAAAGGCUCCUAUCGUUACUACGAUUCCGAUGGCCAGUUAGUGGAAGUGCAUUAUACAGCCGGCAAGAAUGGUUUUGUGCCCAUCGGCACCAACAUUGCCCCUGAGAUCUCGAGUCUGGCCAAGGCAGCCGCCGAUCUGCCCGAAUAUACCGAGGAGCAGGAACGUGCCGAUCGUUUCAAUCAGCGUCGUGCUCGCUCCAAGUCUGAGGAUGAGCCGGUCAAGACUGUUGUGGAAGCUGAGCCCGUCAAGGCAGUCAAGACUGCUGUGGUCUCCGAGCCCGUUGUCGCUGCCUCCGAAGUUGUGCCCGUGGAGGUGGUCCCCGUGGAGAAGGUGAAAGCUGUCGCCGUCGAGCAGAGCGACAAAGUGGAGUCAAAGACCGCAUAAAUGAGACUUAAUACAAUUCUAUGUUAGUAUUAUUAAAUUUGUGUAUUUGUAAACUGA